AUGAGCAACUCCAAGGAUCACUACAACCAAUCUCUGAUGCUGGUGCCCAGGUUUCCUCAUCCCCUGGAUGUUGAAACCGUGCGACGAUGCGCGUGGCGGCUGGCCGAGCGCCACGACAUGCUCCGUGCAAGCUUCAACGGCACGGUGCAGUCCGUGCGUCCCCGCAGCGAGGCCCCAGCCUCGGUGCAGGUGCUGGACGUGGGCGACGUGAGAUUGGAGCAGCUGGAUGACUUUUGUCAGUCGGAGGCCGGAUCCCAGAGACUUCUGCUGGUGUGUCAUCACCUGGUGGUCGAUUUGGUCUCCUGGCAGGUGAUGGUGGAAGAUCUGGAGAAGUAUGCAUGCUUGAAGAAGAUACCAGAGACACCAGAGGUGGAUCGAGACCUUGCUUGGGCCGCUCAGGCCGCUUCGGACGCUUUGGACGCCGUGCUGUUCGGAGAGCUUGAUUUUGGCACUUGUGGCUCUGCCAAGCACGAGGUGCGACAUUUGGAUGUGCCAUCCUGCGACCUGAAGCCGUUGGAGCUCUUGCUGGUGGCCUUGACACAGGCGGCCCAGUCAGCCUUGGGCUGCCGAAGCUUCUGGGUGGACCUGGAAUCCCACGGCCGCGAUGUCGACGAGGACGUUGCGUGCGACUUCGGGCAGACCGUCGGCUGGUUCACCGAGUUGACCCGACGACAGAUGGUGAGCCACACGUCAUUGGAUUUGGCCGUGCGUGAGGUCAAACAUCGCCUGAGGAGUACCGCUGCGUCACCUGCUUGUGCGUCUGAACAGUUGGUCUUGGCGCCGGAGUGGGAGACCUUGGCGCAGCAUGACAUGCAUCCGGAGAAUCAACGGGAAUAUUUCUUGGAAGUGGAGGCCAUGCUGAGCCCAGCGAGCCCAGCGAGCCCAGCGAGAAUUCGAGUGGAGUGGAUCUAUGAUCCCCGUCUGAGCGACCGGAUGUGCACCUGGCUGGAGGAAUUCCUCCGCGAGGCCGCCCUGGUGGUGGAGCACUGCCAGAGGACACCUGCAAGGCGCUUGCGUGCACCUUGCGAGCUGGGCGGUCACGCCUCAGUCUGGCGAGUCACGCCUCCCGAGUUCGAUGCUUGGGUGAAUCAAUGGUUUGCCGGAAGGUCAGAGCAGAUAGACGAGAUCUUUCCUUGCACGCCUCUGCAGGAAGGUAUGAUGAGCGAAACGUUGAUGAACCCCAGCGCCAAUGUGGAACAGUCAUGCCAUCUCAUCCGCGGCUCUAUGGCGCGUUGGCGUGCUGCCUGGAGCAGGGUGGUGUCUCGCCACGCGGCGCUCCGUGCGCGACUGGCACCUGCGCCACAGGGGAGAGGCUUCUGGCAGGUGGUCUUCGAAGACGAGUUCACAGAGUGGCAGGAGGGUGUUUGGGACCUGAAUGAAGCUGCAGAAGAAGAAGGAAGAGACACCAUGGAUCAGCAUCAAGGACUUCUCUCUUUGCUCACGAAGUCUGAGGUGCUCCGGCUGCUGUGCCUUGUGCGUGACGUGUUGACGAACGAUGCCGAGCGCGGCUUUCACUGCGGAGGGCCGCUGCUCCGCUUUCAGGUCUUCGAGGUUCGAAGAGGCAACUGCAGCAUCGCUGACGGGCUUUACCUAUGCAUCCGCAGUGAGCAUCACGCCAUCUCUGAUGGUUGGUCCAAUCCGGUGCUAUUGGAUGAGGCCAUGAAGAUCUAUGCAGGAGUUGAAGCAAGCCUUCCCCAAGCUCCGCGCUGGGCAGACUAUGCCACACAUGUCUUUCGUACUCGCCAGGCACCACUUUUUUUCUCAGGACGCGGCAGCUUCACAGCCAUGCUCGUCAGCAGCCAAGCUCUUGUUGUUUUCAAUCUGGAAAUGGCUUUUUCUCCACGGCCUUGCGGUUUCGUGCGAAGGUUUUGA